UGAAUCUCGAUUCUCAACGCUUGAGAGAAAAAACAAAGUUAAAGAUCUUUCUCACUCUCUAAUAUUGCUCGCUCGCUUGCUCUCUGCAUAUACAUUUACUUUGUAAAUGUGUAUGUAUCGAUCCAUGGAUUGCUUGUAGUUUAUGUAGAUCGAUAACAGAAAUGGCGAAUUAUUUAGCUCAGUUUCAGUCGAUCAAGAGUGCGUGUGAUCACAUCGUAAUUUCUGUUGAAGAUGUGAGUGAUUUGUGGCCAACUGUGAAGAGUGGAUUUGAGGAACGGUUGCCGUUUAAGAUAGCUUGUUUGAAUAACAAGACACGUAAUCUUGUAUUUGUGGAGAAAUUGCCUGCUGAAUUUAUAUUAACAACAGAUUCAAGACUUCGUAGCAGAUUUCCGCAGGAGCAACUUUUGUUUUGGUUUCGAGAACCAUAUGCAACUGUAGUUCUUGUGACAUGUGAGGAUUUUGAUGAGUUCAAAACCAUUCUUAAACCACGCUUGAAAUUGAUUGUCCAAAAUGAUGAGCGGGAAUGGUUGAUUGUAUUUGUGUCUAAAGCUCAUCCAAGCAAUGAUCAAGCCACCAAAAUGGCAAAAAAAGUAUAUGCCAAAAUUGAAGUUGAUUUUAACGCCAAGAAGAGAGAGAGGUGCUGCAAAUUAGAUCUACACGGCCCUGAACCAAGUUUUUGGGAAGACUUGGAAUCCAAGAUUAUGGAGUCCAUUCGGAAUACAUUGGAUAGGCGUGUGCAGUUUUAUGAGGAUGAGAUACGCAAACUAAGUGAGCAGCGAUUCUUUCCAGUCUGGAACUUCUGUAAUUUUUUCAUUUUGAAGGAAAGCCUGGCUUUUAUAUUUGAGAUGGCUCAUCUUUAUGAAGAUGCAUUACGUGAAUAUGAUGAAUUGGAAUUGUGCUAUCUGGAAACAGUCAAUGUGACUGGGAAACAAAGGGAAUUUGGAGGCAUAGACCAUGGUGAUGAUCAAGCCGCACUUCUUAAUCCUGCAAAUAAACCAUUGACACAAAUUGUUCAAGAUGACUCAUUCAGGGAAUUUGAAUUUAGACAAUAUCUGUUUGCUUGUCAAUCAAAGCUUUUAUUCAAGUUGAAUCGUCCCUUUGAGGUUGCAUCAAGAGGUUAUUCAUUUAUAAUUACCUUUUCAAAGUCCCUGGCACAACAUGAGAAUAUAUUACCUUUCUGUAUGCGAGAAGUUUGGGUAAUUAGUGCAUGCUUGGCUGUAAUCAGUGCAACCUCUUCUGAUUACAAUGAAGGACUUGCAGCAUUUGAUAUAGAAAAAGAGUUCUAUCGGCUCCUUGGUGACCUGUAUUCUUUAUGUAGAGUUAAGUUCAUGAGGCUUGCAUACCUAAUUGGAUAUGGAUCAGAUAUAGAAAGAAGCCCUGUCAACAGUGCCUCUCUCAGUUUGCUACCUUGGCCAAAACCAUCAGUUUGGCCUUCAGUUCCACCUGACGCUUCCUCUGAAGUGUUUGUUAAAGAAAAGCUGAUUCUUCAAGAAAAUCCAAAAGUCAAGCACUUUGGUAUCCAGAGAAAACCUUUGCCUCUUGAACCUUCAGUACUACUACGCGAGGCCAAUCGUCGAAGGGCUUCUCUUAGUGUCGGAAAUAUGUUAGAAAUGUUUGAUGGAUCAGGUUCUGAUGCAUCAUUAAGGAUGUCCCCUUCAAAUAAAUUACAAGCAAUUACUAUGUCGCGCACUAACUCUUCUCCUGGAACCUUUGAUAGCCCAAUUGAUAGACCUAUGAGACUUGCUGAGAUAUUUGUUGCAUCUGAGCAUGCUCUGAAGCGUACAAUUUCAAAUCCUGAUCUUUGGAAAUCGUUGUCAUCUGUGGAGGAAUUUGAGCAAAAAUAUUUGGAUCUUUCAAAAGGUGCUGCUGACAAUUAUCAUCAUUCAUGGUGGAAAAGACAUGGAGUUGUCCUUGAUGGUGAAAUAGCAGCUGUUUGCUUUAAGCAUGGAAACUUUGAUCUAGCUGCAAAAUCAUAUGAGAAGGUUUGUGCCCUUUACUCAGGAGAAGGAUGGCAGGAUUUAUUGGCUGAAGUAUUGCCCAAUUUAGCUGAGUGUCAGAAGAUUCUAAAUGAUAAAGCCGGUUACCUAUUAUCUUGCGUGAGACUGCUUUCACUGGAUAAAGGAUUAUUCUCUACAAAGGAACGCCAAGCUUUUCAGUCAGAGGUUAUUAGUCUUGCUCACAGUGAAAUGAAGAAUCCUGUGCCCUUAGAUGUAUCAUCUCUAAUUACUUUUUCUGGUAACCCUGGGCCACCUUUGGAGUUAUGUGAUGGUGAUCCUGGUACUCUAUCUGUAACUGUUUGGAGUGGCUUUCCUGAUGAUAUAACCCUUGAUUCACUUAGUCUCACUUUGACUGCUACAUUUAAUGCUGAUGAAGGUCCUAAGGCAUUAAAGAGUUCUAAUGCAACUGUAUUAAAGCCUGGUAAGAAUAGCAUUACAGUUGAUUUACCACCACAAAAACCAGGUUCAUAUGUCCUGGGAGUUCUUACUGGGCAGAUUGGACUCCUGAGAUUCAGAUCUCAUAGUUUUUCCAAGGUUGGGCCAGCUGACAGUGAUGAUUUUAUGAGCUAUGAAAAGCCAACCAGGCCUAUUUUGAAGGUUUUCAAUCCAAGACCUCUGGUUGAUCUUGCUGCAGCUAUAUCAUCUCCUUUGCUAAUAAAUGAAGCUCAGUGGGUUGGCAUUAUAAUACGCCCGAUUGACUACUCAUUAAAAGGUGCUGUCUUGCAUAUUGAUACUGGUCCAGGUCUGAAGAUUGAAGAAUCACAUUUCAUUGAGAUGGAGAGCUACAAUAGUGUAUCACAGAGUGUUGCCAACUUGGGAAACCGUCAUAGUACUCAAAAGGACAGCUCGUUGGCUUUUAAUAAAGACUUUGAGCAGCUGCGUCUCAAUGAUGGUAGAAUUCAACUUCCAGAUUGGGCAAGUAAUGUAAAUUCUAUUCUGUGGAUCCCAGUUUGUGCUAUCAACAAAAGUCUUGCUAGAGGAUCAUCUUCAGUAACCCCCCAGACACAGAGCAUCGUUGAUGGAAUGAGGACGAUUGCUCUAAAACUUGAAUUUGGAGUAUCCCACAACCAGAUAUUUGAGAGAACAAUAGCUGUGCAUUUCACGAACCCUUUCCAUGUGAGCACACGUGUUUCAGACAAAUGCAUUGAUGGUACUAUACUUCUGCAGGUGAUACUUCACUCACAAGUGAAGGCCUCAUUGACUAUAUAUGAUGCUUGGCUUGAUCUUCAAGAUGGAUUUGUUCAUACAGGACAAACUAAUGGGAGGCCAACUUCUGGCUUUUUUCCACUUGUCAUUUCUCCAACUUCUAGAGGAGGAAUCCUCUUUAGUAUAUGCUUGGAGAAGACGCCUACUGAAGUUGAAGUUGAGGUAGUCAGACCAGAGAGUAUAUUAAAUAUCCAAUAUGGAAUUUCUGGUGAUAGAACAGCUGGAGCACAUCCUCCUGUGACUUCAAAUUCCACUGGAACUGAGGAUGCUUGAGGCAGUUUGAUCUUCAGGAGUGCUCUUGUUUUGCAGCGGCCUGUGCUUGAUCCCAGCCUGGCUGUUGGGUUUCUUCCUCUUCCUUCCAGUGGCCUUAGAGUUGGGCAGCUUGUUAACAUGCAAUGGAGGGUUGAAAGGUUAAAGGAUUUUGAGGACAAUGAAGCUUCUCAAAGCAAAGAUGAGGUGUUAUAUGAAGUAAAUGCUAAUUCUGACAAUUGGAUGAUUGCUGGGAGGAAAAGAGGGCAUGUAUCUUUCCCCACAAAGCAAGGUUCAAGGAUAGUUAUCUCUAUAUUAUGUGUGCCACUGGUCGCGGGUUAUGUUCGUCCCCCACAUCUUGGCCUCCCAGAUGUGAAUGAGGCAAAUAUAAGUUGCAAUCCUCCUGGACCCCAUUUGAUUUGUGUCUUGCCUCCAGCACUAAGCUCCUCAUUCUGCAUUCCAGCAUAAUAUCUCUGAACUUGUCCGGCAUGCCACUUUUCCCAGGUCAUCGUGAUUCUUUACACAAUAUAAUGGAAAGUUUUUCAACUUGAUCAAAGUUUGAUCGUUACAGAGAUAAAUUUAGGCAUUAAGUUUUGAUAUUUGUAAAUUUGUAUUUUUCCUGAUUGUUAGAAAAAUCACGAGUAGAGUUGCAUUUCAUUUUUAGGUAGUUUUGUGGGAGUUCUCAACAUCGGCUGUUACUGUCAUGUAGCGCCCUGACUUAUGUACAGCGGAACUUUGUACUCUUCAAUGUACAACACACCGGAUAGAGACCGAGAAAUACA